ACGAUGACCUUUGAAUGAAAAAAUAAAAAAAAAGAAAAAAAAUUCAAAACUGUGGCCUCGUACAGCACACUUUUGUUUACUAGCAGCUGAUUGCUAACAUGGCCGCCAAGUAAUGUACUCUAUAAAUUGCGAGAUUCUCGUUUUCCUAAUUUUCCUGCAUUUUCUCUCCAGCCAAGCAGCCACUCCACCGCCUAAAAACCCGAGAAAGAAAACAUUUUGGGUCCGAAAAUGAGCUCCCUUUACGUUUCUCUAAAGACUCCCAUUUCUCAAUCGAGCUGUCUCCGCCGCCGGUUCAAUCUUGGUCGAGAACCGUCGCAGCUCUGCCGAAUCAACGGUCAGAGGGCGCCGACUACGUGCGUUAGCGUGGGGGUGGAAGCACCGGAGAAUGCGGGGAAGAAAUUAGGGUUUUUGACGAGCAAGGAGGUGAUUGAGGCGGAGGCAAAGUAUCUGGUGGGUACGUAUGCGAGAGCUCCGGUAGCAGUGGUGAGUGGCAAAGGUUCUAAACUGUAUGAUGUCGAAGGGAGAGAGUAUUUGGAUUUGAGUUCUGGGAUUGCGGUGAACGCGCUUGGCCAUGGAGAUGAAGAUUGGCUCAAGGCAGUGAUUGAGCAGGCCAAUACGCUCACUCAUGUCAGCAAUAUCUACUAUUCCCUCCCUCAGGUAGAGCUUGCAGAGCGUCUUGUAGCUUCUUCUUUUGCUGAUCGUGUGUUUUUUACAAAUUCCGGAACAGAAGCAAAUGAAGCAGCUAUUAAGUUUGCAAGAAAGUUUCAACGAAACUUGCAUCUUGAUGUAAAAAGGCCAGCCACAGAAUUCAUAGCUUUCUCUAAUUGCUUUCAUGGCAGGACCAUGGGUGCUCUUGCUUUGACAAGCAAAGAGCAUUAUAGAUCACCUUUCGAGCCUGUCAUGCCCGGAGUGACAUUUGUAGAGUAUGGAAAUAUACAAGCUACAAAAGAAUUGAUUCAACGAGGUAAAACUGCAGCGGUUUUUGUGGAACCCAUUCAGGGUGAAGGUGGCAUAUAUAGUGCAACAAAGGAAUUUCUGCAAUUUUUACGUGCUGCUUGUGAUGAAGCUGGGGCUCUUCUGGUGUUUGAUGAGGUUCAAUGUGGUUUGGGCAGAACUGGUUACCUAUGGGCCCAUGAAGCUUAUGGUGUAUUCCCAGAUAUAAUGACACUAGCCAAGCCUCUAGCUGGUGGCCUACCCAUUGGAGCUGUACUGCUGACUGAAAGGAUUGCUUCAGCCAUAGCUUAUGGCGAUCAUGGAAGCACUUUUGCUGGUGGACCCCUGGUCUGCAAUGCUGCUCUUGCUGUACUAGAUAAGAUCUCAAAACCUGAUUUCCUGAGCAGCGUCUCCAAGAAAGGUUUCCACUUCAAAGAGAUCUUGAAGCAGAAACUGGGAGGGAACCCACAUGUGAAAGAAAUACGUGGUCCUGGAUUGAUCAUCGGAAUCGAGUUGGAUGUAUCUGGUUCACCGGUUGUGGAUGCAUGUCGAGAAUCUGGUCUUCUAGUUUUAACUGCGGGAAAAGGUAAUGUAGUGAGGCUUGUACCUCCAUUGAUCAUAACAGAGGAUGAGCUUAGUCAAGCAGCUGAUAUUUUGUACCAAGCCUUGCUUGUGCUAGAUGAAAAAAAGUAGGCUCAACUUAGGAGGAGAUAAAGGGAUUUGAAGCAUUUAGUAAGAAAAAUAAAAAAAAAUAAUAAAAUUAGGGUGUUUUGCUUCUGAAUCUUCGGACCUGUAUUGGCAUCAACUGUAGGUCUUGUAGUUCAGUCUGAAGUUAAUGAUAGAGGAGGUUGUUUAUCGUAGCAAGGCCACAAUUUGGUGGUAUAAUCCUUUCAAAAACUCAUUGUAUCUCUUUGAAUUUCAAGUAUCUAGUUAAUGUUAUUGUGAAGUACAAUGCCAUGGUUUAUGAGGUAAUUUAUUCUCUUCUUGGACAUUA